AUGGACAAUGAACCCUCUCAGAUCUCGAGACUUACAUCGAAACCUCGUGUUCAUUUCGGUUCAUUAGAAGGCCAAGAAUCUGUCAAAAGAGCGCGUACCGAUGACAAUACACCCACAUCCAACAAUGGUACAAUUGAUCUCGAUGCUCUGGCAGAAAGUAUGGAGCCUGCGUAUUCGGUCAACGUAGGUGAAGCAGAUAAGCAGGUGUUGGCAGAAUUCGAGAGACGAAAGAGAGCUUUUCAAAUUGCUGUGCCAACAGAUGAUGGCCGUGUUCGACAAAGACUUCGAGACAUUGGUGAACCACAAUGUCUCUUUGGCGAAGGGCCUGGAGAUCGUCGUGAUCGUCUAAGAUAUCUAUUAUCCAAGAUUCAAGGUCAUGAAGUAGAAAGCGAAGAGGAAUCAGCAAGUGAAGCGGAAGAAGAGGAUAAUGAGGAAUUCUUUACUCCAGGAUCAGUAGAAUUAUUAGAGGCAAGAAAGUGGAUCACAAAAUACUCAUUACCAAGAGCCAAGCAAAGAAAUGAUCGACAAAAAGAGGAAUCCAGCAUCCCGCUGGCUUUAUUGAAAGCAAGCAGAAAAGAACUACACGCCAAACUCAAAGCAUAUUCAAAUUGGUCUUCACAGAUUGCUGAUGACCGACCGAUUGCUCAAUGUGCCUUCAGUCCUGAUUCCAAGCUAUUAGUUACUGGCUCAUGGUCUGGACUUUGCAAAGUAUGGACUGUGCCCAACUGCGAAAAAGUGUUGACAUUGAAGGGACAUAACGAUAAAGUGGGUGGUGUUACUUUCCAUCCUGAAGCUACUAUUUCUCAAGAGAAGAGUGCUUUGAAUUUAGCGUCGAGUGGUGCUGAUGGAUUGAUCCAACUGUGGAAUUUAGAAAGUGAAUCGCCCAUUGGUACAUUAAAGGGACAUGCAAGACGAGUUGCUAGAAUUGGGUUCCAUCCUUCGGGCAAAUAUCUAGGCAGUGCCAGUUUUGAUGGUACAUGGAGAUUAUGGGAUGUGGUUACAGCGCAAGAAUUAUUAUUACAAGAGGGCCAUGCCAAGGAAGUGUAUUCAAUUGCAUUUCAGUGUGAUGGAAGUUUGGUUGCGACAGGUGGUUUGGAUGCGAUUGGAAGGGUAUGGGAUAUGAGAACAGGCCGAUCAUCCAUGACGCUUGAAGGACAUAUGAAGGAUAUUUUAGGCUUGGAUUGGUCGCCUAAUGGAUACCAUUUAGCAUCAGCUAGUGCAGACAACACUGUUAAGAUUUGGGACGUGCGCACGCUUCGUAAUUUAUACACAAUUUCAGCACAUCAAUCACUCGUAUCCGAUGUGAAAUACAGCAAGGGCGUGCCUGGAACAAAUAACAACAGUGCUUCUGACCCACACAACAUUGCCGGUCUGUACUUGACUACCUCUGGAUAUGAUGGCUGUGUCAAGAUUUGGUCUGGGGAUGACUUUAGAUUAGUCAAGAGCUUAGACGGACAUGAUGGAAAGGUUAUGGGCGUAGAUGUAUCAAGAGAUAAUAAUUUCAUUGCUUCGUCUGGUUACGAUCGUACAUUUAAGCUAUGGGCAGAUGAAAAUCUUGUCAUUUAA